AUGAAGCAUGAGAUUCUUAUUCAAGAGGUGCAGAGGGAAGCCGACGAGGAGGAUGAGGCGGCGGCGGCGGCGAUCCCUCGUGAGAUUCGUCAUCGUCGGACAAUCCCACGAGACCAUGUCGGAGCGGCUGAACGGCUUAUGGCAGACGACUUUAGCGCUAACCCCCAUUACCCAGCUGAGAUUUUCCGUCGGCGUUUCAGAAUGUCGCGACCACUCUUCACCCAUAUAGCGACGACAUUGGCGGACCGGUACGGUUGCUUCAACCUCCGGAGUGAUUGCACUGGCCGGAUCGGACUGUCUACUUUUCAGAAAUGCACCUCUGCAACAAGGCAGCUUGCCUAUGCCGUACCGGCUGAUAUGUUCGACGAAUACCUACAGAUGGGUGAGACGACUAGUCUAGAGGUGCUCCGGCAGUUUUGUAAGGGCAUGCGGGAAGUCUUUGGUCCGGAGUUCCUACGAAAGCCAACCCCUGAUGAGUGCCAUGUUGGGGUCUUCCGAGAGUGGAAGAACGCCACCGACCCCCACGCAAGAGAGAAGAGGAUUCUUUUCGAGAUGCUCGAGAGCAUGCGUGCUGAUUGA